AGUGAGGACUAAGAGGUAUAUAAAAAUAUACCUUAGGCUGCUAAAAAAUUUCAACACAAAAUUCAAUCACAUGUUGUUACUUUUCUUGAGUUCCUAAAGACAUGACAACAACAAAAGAAACUUCAAACUUAGAUCUCAUACGCCAUCAUCUCUUAGGUGACAACAUCUCUGACCCGUUUCUACAUCCUGUUAAACUUGAAAACCCUUUACCAGAAUUUGAUUUCUCUUCAUAUAUUUCAGAAAACAGCACUUUCUUCACUUUCCUUGAAAACUAUGAUUUAAUAGCUGACAUGGAAUUCUUCACUCACACUUCAUCUUCAAAGGAAACAACCCCUUCAAAGGAAAUCAAAGAUGAAGUAGCAAUAGCAACUACUAUGGUGUCAUCAAAGAAGGUUAAGAAAGAAGAAGAAUGUGUUGAUGAGACAAGAAGAUAUAGAGGUGUAAGGAGAAGGCCAUGGGGGAAAUUUGCAGCUGAGAUAAGGGAUCCAUCAAGGAAAGGAAGUAGGGUUUGGUUAGGUACAUUUGACUGUGAAAUUGAUGCUGCAAAAGCUUAUGAUUCUGCUGCUUUCAGAAUGAGGGGUCAGAAAGCUAUAUUGAAUUUUCCUUUGGAAGCUGGUGUUUGUGAUCCUAAGCCAAAUAGUUGUGGUAGGAAAAGGAGAAGAGAAAGUGAAAUUGAAGGUACAAGAUGUUCAAGUUCAAGUUCAUAGGUGCUGGUGAUGCUGUACAAGUUUGUUUUAGUAACUAGUAAUUCUUUUUUCUUUGUUGGUUAAGCACUCAUAAUCAAUUAAAAUGUUAAAAUAAUAUUAGCAAGAACUGUUUUAAUUAGAAUUAUUAGUUGAAUGUAUUUAAAAUUAAUUUUUAGUUUGUUAUGUCUACUAGGAGUGAGCUCAACAAUUAUGUCACAUAGUUUGUACAUAGAAGCAAGCAAUGUUAACGUCAGUAUGAAAUCAGUGCAGAUAUGAGUAUGAAAUCAA